GCAACGACGCCUUAUGAGUCCCCGCCCCUUUGCGGGAGUCACGGGCUCUUGCUUUGUGAUUGGCUGAUGCCCGGUCUUCCGUUUCCAUGGUGACCGCGUGCGGCUCCUAGGAGAAGCGCUGCGGCCGGGCGCGGGCCGGGCCGCUCGAGAGCGCCAUGAACAGGAAGAAGCUGCAGAAUCUCGCGGAGUCGCUGUGCAGAACCGCGAAGCACUGAAUGGAAAUGGCAUUGGAGCGGAUGAGCUGGUGGUUCAGUCUGAUGCUGAAGAGACCAAUUUCAAAUAUGGAACAGUUAAAAGAAAAAAUCAAUAAAAUUGAAGUGGAAUGUCUCAUAAAGCUGUUCCACACCCUGGUGGUUGAACCCAGUGAUCGGCAUGCCAUCAUUGGCUUAGAUCGCAACAUGUUCAGAAACAUUCUGCAUGUCACAUUUGGGAUGACAGAUGACAUGAUUAUGGACCGAGUGUUCCGUGCUUUUGACACAGACAAUGACAGCUGUGUCAGUGUAACGGAAUGGGUGGAAGGUUUAUCAAUAUUUCUUCGAGGGACAUUAGAAGAAAAGAUGAAAUAUUGUUUUGAGGUCUAUGAUCUGAAUGGUGAUGGAUACAUUUCAAGAGAGGAAAUGUUUCAUAUGCUGAAGAAUAGCCUGCUAAAACAACCAUCAGAAGAAGAUCCUGAUGAGGGAAUUAAGGACUUGGUAGAAAUAACACUGAAGAAAAUGGACUAUGAUCAUGAUGGCAAGCUCUCUUACACAGAUUUUGAAAAAGCUGUAAGAGAUGAAAAUCUUCUCUUGGAAGCAUUUGGACCAUGUUUGCCAGACAUCAAGAGCAGCAUGGCAUUUGAAAUGCAGGCAUUCCGAGAAACUGGUGAUAUGUAGCUCUGCAACUGGAAAACUGCUGUGAAGGACAGUUUCUCUGCAUCAGUUUUCUUAAGACAGUAAAAACAGCAGCAAGUCAGAACUCUUACUUUAAUACUACAUCUCGGCAUUCCUUAACUUCAGUAUACCUGCUACUGAAGAAAUGGAAUGACAACAUGGAAUACUGGGAAAAUAGUACAGCAUCAACAAGCAAGUGAAUCAGUGACCUACAACUUGCUAUAUUUUAAUAAAUGAUUUUGAAGGUUUGGUAAUGAUAGAAUGUUGUACACUUUCAUUAUGUGCAUCAACAAUAGAGGAAUAUUGAAGUAUAGUUUAGCCACCUGCAACUAAAACUGUAAUAUGGAAAAAGGAAGAAGUGCUUUAGAAUAAAGUGGGUUUUUUUUGUUGUUGUUUUUUUAAGGUGAUGUGUGAUUCAUUAAUUGAUUUAGCAAUUUAGUUGCAGUUGAGCCCCUUCAAAUCUGCAUAGCUUUCUGUAUUGAAGGUAGCGGUCUCUGUUUCUUGAUUGUCUUAACUUAAGCCUACUAAAUACAAUAGUAUAAUAGUAAAAGAAAAAUGUUUACUAUUGCACAUUACCUCAUGUACAGUAUUACAAUUCUUAUUAAAGGGCUACUGUACUAUGAAAAGUGACUCUACACAUGACAUUUGGAGGGCCACAUUUAAUCUGAUUCCAUAACAAGUUUGUUUAGUUUACAAAUGCUUUUCUUCAAAUUUGACUGCCAGACCUGCAUACAACCUGCAAUCAAAGUGCAGCAAUAUCAGUGUAAAUUCCGAAACUGAAAGUAUUUGUUCAUUUUGAAUCAAGAGCUGGCAUAAAGCUACAGGUAGUAUCCACGGAAGUAAAUCAGUCCACUUGUGAACUGAAAUGCUACUCUAUGUGAGUACAAUAUCAGCAUCUGGCCCUAAUCAGCCAUUAGUAAACUGCAUUUUAAAAGUCAUACAUUCCAAGAUUGAAUACUUUUUGCAUUUUGAAAUCAGGAAAUAAGUAGGUAGUUUGGAAUAAAAUGAACCCAAAUAUUUUGUCAAAACACUAGUUUGUUUCAUGCCAGUCCCUUAUAGUCUCCCCAAAGAAAUGUGGAAAAGCAUCCAUUAAGCUCUCAUAUCAGGCAAACUGAUUUCCCAGGAUGUUUCCUUUAGAUCUCAUUUAAUCAUAUUCAUUGGAGGAAGACAGACUAAACUAUCACUCCAUUUAUUUACUCAUUAAUUUAGAAUUGGCAAUUCUAACUAUAUUUUUGUGUAACUUCAGCGCCAGAGCUAGCUUAAGCUGUCCUACUUGUUUAACCCCUUUACUGUUCACAGAAAAUUAAAAUAAUCCUGAACCCCUCAUGGUAAUAUAGCUGUUAAGAACAUAAGAACGGCCGUACCGGGUCACACCAAAGGUCCCUCUAGCCCAGUAUCUGUCUACCGACAGUGGCUAAUGCCGGGUGCCCCAGAGGGAGUGAACCU